CUUUCCUUACUCGCUGAUUUUUUUUAUUUUUUAUAUUUUUUUCAUAGCUCCAUUUUUGUUUCCCCACUUUGAUUUUUUUUAUUUCACUUUUUUUUCCUUGCCCUGCUUUUUUGACAUUGCCUGUUUUUUUAAAUUUACCGUGCAUGUACGCCUCUUCCACAUUAGAAGCCAAAGUCGUCAUUUUGGGGAGUCAAGGCGUUGGUAAAACUUCGUUGGUUGUACGCUACAUAUCCAAAACCUUUUCACCCAACUCCACAUCCACUAUUGGAGCUUCGUUCAUGACCAAGAAAUUAACAGUCGACCAUUGCAAAGUACGAUUGCAGAUAUGGGAUACAGCCGGUCAAGAACGAUUUCGUGCCAUGGCACCAAUGUACUAUCGAGGAGCGCAAGCGGCAUUAUUGGUAUAUGAUCUUACAUCGCAAGAGAGCUUUGCGGAGAUGCAUUCGUGGAUUGAAGAGCUCAAAAGGAACAUGACUGAAGACCUGGUCAUCGUAGUCGUGGCCAACAAGUUGGAUUUGGCCCAAACACGUCGAGAAGUACCACUGGAGCAAGCACGGGAAUAUGUCACGCGCGUCUUGGGUCCAGAGACUCCGCUCUAUGAAGUCUCUGCAAAAGAUGAUGAUGGUACUAUCGAAGACAUCUUUCUUCAUUUAACUCAUGCAUUGGUGGAACGUAAACAGUAUUUGCCUCGUGACAGAAAAAGACAGCCUACCAUGACGAUUGUCGAAGACACGCCUUCCAACUCUUCCCUUUGCUGCGGAUAUCUCUAAUACCUAAUUACUUUUUUUUCUAUUUUUUUUUCGGCUUGUUACUUUUUCCUCUAUUAUCAGUUACAUCCACUUUUUUCUCUCUUUCGCUACUUUUUCUUUUUUCUUGCCUUU